UAGCUUGACUGAUCAUGUGCUUAUGACAGGAAUUGUUCAAUGUACAUACAUGUAAACAGAAGGGGGAAACAAUGGCAAGAUCUUCAGUUGCGGGACAGAUAGAGGAGUCGUUCUUGUCGUGUUCAAUAUGUAUGGAACAUUUCAAAAGACCUAAGGCUUUGUCCUGUCUGCACACGUUCUGUGAGGACUGCCUCAGGGAUUACGUCGUCAGUAGAUUCGAAUCUCUUGGACAUUUCCCUUGUCCAAUUUGCCGACAGAUUGUGUACAUCCCCCCUAACGGUGUGCUUGGAUUUCCUGACAAUCAUUUUAUUCUCAGCUUACAAGAUACAGUACAACAUUCCAAUGAAUUUGCAGUAUCAGGAAGUUUUGAAAGAAGCGAACUUCAGGGGAGUGAAAACUUAUCCAUACCCUUAUUGCAACCUGACAAAUACUCCGCGAGAUUCACAAGAUGUGGGUCCCCAAAACUGCUUCGAACGUUCGGCCACUUUGGUUUAGACCAAGAUGGUCUGGUUCACGUUUCUGGUCUAACCUUCUCUCCACUGACUGGAGACAUACUGGUCGUUGACUGCAGUCUGAACAAAGUUUUAACCUACUCUAAAUCAGGAGACCACCUUGGAGGGUUUGUGUGUGAUUGCUCAAUCCGUGAUAUUGCAGUCACUGCACAGGGGUCUAUUUUACUGACGGUUAGUCGUGCAGGGUCGUCUAUUAUGAGGGAAUAUGGACAUACAGGCAACGUCAUUGCGUCCUAUGGCUCUUUUUACAAAUACGAAAAUCCCUUCGGAAUCUGUGUUUCAAGAAUGGGUAAAGUUGUAAUAUCUAGCUUACAACACAACAACAUUCACAUAUUUACAGAACGAAAGAAACCAUCGAUCAAGUUCGGCUCUAGAGGGAGUGGUCCAAACCAUUUUCUGUUGCCGUAUUACGUUUCUGUCAACAGUAAGGGUGAUAUUGUUGUGUCCGAUAGCGGGAACCAUCGGGUGAAGAUCCACAAGACUGACGGCACCAUUCUUCACAUAUUUGGCAAGCAAGGCUCACAAAAUGGCGAGUUCUUCUACCCACAAGGUGUGUUCGUCGAUGAGUUUGAUAACAUUUACGUUGCAGAUGCCAAUAACUUUAGAGUGCAAGUUUUCUCCCCGGAAGGGGCGUACCUUACAACACCCGUGGAAAACACCUACGAAUUUGGCGUGGACGUCAAACCGACGAAUGUCAUUAUCGUAGAUAAUCGCUUGAUCGUGGCACUACGCGGCACUCGGACUUCGCUUCUACAAAUCUACGACUGGGACAGUUCGAAAUACGCCCAGAUAACGAGGAAAAAAGCUGCUCAUGGAGGUCUGUUGCGAUCUUGCUGUCCGUGUUUAUCGUCUAACGAUAUGAAAUACGAUGAUAUGUGAUGAAUCAGUGAGAAUGAUAGAUGAUGAUGACGUUUCGCAUUGACCUGUGAUAAGAGAUCCGUUUUGAAGACAUAGCCAAUGCUGUAAUUUGAUUCCACAUUGUCACACAACCUCAGCUAGUCUAAGUAUGUUGAUGAAAAAAAUCAAAAUUUAGAAUGGGCAGGGCAAAUCUUUCCAAGAUUGUACACUUCAUUUAUUAGACCUACACUUGAAUACGCUUCUACUGUUUGGGAUGACUGCUCUAUACAAGACGCUGAAAAAGUACAACUAUCUGCAGCUAUAGAGUUGUUACCCCGUCUUCCUAUGUUUGCUUCUAAAGAAUCACUGUGCUUCGAAACCGACUGGGAAACUUUUGAAAACAAGGCAUUAUGUUGUAAAAAUAACUACGAUGUUCAAAAUCAACAUUGGAAAUGUAGUUGAAUAUUUACGCAAUAUCGCCCCUAAAAAGCAUUUUCAAACACGCGAAACAAAGAUCAGUUUAUUGUGCCAAGAAUGUAAUCUAGAAUUAUUCAAAAAGUCAUUUGUACCAGAUGCUGUAAAACACUGGAAUUUAUUAAAUGUAGAAGCAAGGGCAAUCACCCCAAUCAAUUCAUCUCACAAAUACAUAACUUAAUGGUUCUAGUUCGGCACUGUAUUCAUUUGGAAAACGUUAUACCAAUAUCAUUUCACACUGAACUAAGAUACGAGUACAAGCUUAACAUUAUCAAUGGUCCUCUAUGUUUUUUUGUGGCUAAAAUGAAGAUGUGUAUCACAUGUGAAUUUCUGUUUUGGUUGUAAAAAUUUAUACAUAUGCUAGAAAUAUUCUUUUUAAUCGACUAUUCAGAAUUGAUUUGAUCAACAUAGAUACAAACCUGCUAUUCUGAGGAAUACAAAUUUGUCAUUACAAACCAAUACCAGUAUUUUUGCUGCUGUUCAUUUUAUAGAUGAAUCCUGUUAAGUAAUGACUAUGAACUAUGUUAUUUGUGAUCUGUUCUGUUCAAUGCGCAUGUCAUAUCAUCUGUAAUAUUUAACAGAGCCAGUAAGUUUAAAGAACUCGUCUCGGACUCCAAUCCGUUUGAUUAUUCAAUAAAAUAUGUUCAAAACAA